GAAAUAUUCUGGAUGGAUGGCUGCUGGAAAUCCAUUGCCAUAGCCAGCUCUUCUUCAGUACUUAAGGAUUUACCCUGGCAUUGAGUAAUGAGAAUUUCGAAACCACAUUUGAGAAGUACUUCCAUCCAGUGCUACCUGUGUUUACUUUUGAACAGUCAUUUUCUAACUGAGGCUGGCAUUCAUGUCUUCAUUUUGGGCAGUAUCAGUGCAGGUCUUCCUAAAACAGAGGCAACCUGGCAGUUUGUAAUAAGUGAUUUGGAAAAAAUUGACAAUAUUAUUCAAUCUAUACAUAUUGAUACCACUUUAUAUACUGAAAGCGAUGCUCAUCCCAGUUGCAAAGUAACAGCGAUGAAGUGCUUUCUCCUGGAGUUACGUGUUAUUUUGCUUGAGUCCAAACAUCAUCUCCUUAAUGAAACAGUAGAGAACCUUAUCAUCCUAGCAAAUGAUGGUUUAUCUUCUAAUGGGAAUGUAACUGAAACGGGAUGCAAAGAAUGUGAGGAACUGGAGGAGAAAAAUAUUAAAGAAUUUUUUCGGAGUUUUGUACAUAUUGUACAAAUGUUCAUCAACUCUUCUUGAUUGUAAUUGAUCCUCUUCAGCAUUUCUGCUAUUAACAAACAUCUUCCCAUGGCUUAAAGGCAAUGAAACUCUCUGCAGUUCACAUGGGCUGCCCAAACCAAUUUUUCUAACAAGAGGAUGAUCCGGAAUUUUGGAUCGGAUGAACUCUUGGAAAUGAAGGCAGAAAAAUGGCAUUGAGUAACAUGGUGUCUAUGAACCGUCCUCAUAAUUAUUUUGUUCACUUAUUCUUAAUUUAUUAUUGAAGUUGUACAUAUUUGUAGCAUAAUAUAAAAUAUUGAAUAAAAUUGUGCACCUACUUUAUCCUUUGAAAUUGCACUGAUACUUACCCCUUUAAGGAAAUAGG